AUGUGUGCCGCCCCGAUGCCGUCCCUGGCGCACAUCUUCCGAGGGACAUUCAUCCACUCCACCUGGACUUGCCCCAUGGAGGUGCUGCGGGAUCACCUCCUCGGCGUGAGCGACAGCGGCAAAAUAGUGUUUUUAGAAGAAGCAUCCCAACAAGAAAAGCUGGCCAAAGAAUGGUGCUUCAAGCCGUGUGAAAUAAGAGAACUAAGCAACCAUGAGUUCUUCAUGCCUGGGCUGGUUGAUACACACAUCCACGCCCCUCAGUAUUCUUUUGCUGGGAGUAAUGUGGACCUGCCGCUUUUGGACUGGCUGACCAUGUACACAUUUCCUACAGAACUCAAAUUCCAGAACAUCGACUUCGCUGAAGAAGUAUAUACGAGAGUUGUCAGGAGAACACUAAAGAAUGGAACAACCACAGCUUGUUACUUUGGAACAAUUCACACUGACUCAUCUCUGCUCCUUGCAGAAAUUACAGAUAAAUUUGGGCAGCGGGCAUUUGUGGGCAAAGUCUGCAUGGAUAUGAAUACCAGUGUUCCAGAAUACAAGGAAACCACUGAGGAAUCAAUCAAGGAAACAGAGAGAUUUGUGUCAAGAAUGCUCCAAAAGAACUAUUCUAGAGUUAAGCCCAUAAUGACACCACGUUUUUCCCUUUCCUGCUCUGAAACUCUGUUGGGUAAACUGGGAAACAUGGCGAAGACCCAUAAUUUGCAUAUUCAGAGCCAUAUAAGUGAAAAUGUUAAUGAAGUUGAAGCUGUGAAGAACUUAUUUCCCGAUUAUAAAAACUACACAGAUGUGUAUGAUAGAAACAAUCUUCUGACAAAUAAGACAGUGAUGGCACACGGGUGUUACCUUUCCAUGGAAGAGCUGCAGAUGUUCAAGGAGCGAGGAGCAGCGAUCUCGCAUUGCCCCAAUUCUAACUUAUCGCUCAGCAGCGGCUUUCUCAAUGUGCUAGAAGUCCUAAAACAUGACGUGAAAAUAGGGCUGGGUACAGAUGUGGCUGGUGGUUAUUCAGCUUCCAUGCUUGAUGCAAUCAGAAGAGCAGUGAUGGUUUCCAACAUCCUUUUAAUUAAUAAGAUCAAUGAGAAAAGCCUCACCCUCAAAGAGGUCUUCAGACUAGCUACUCUCGGAGGCAGCCAAGCCCUGGGGCUGGAUAAAGAGAUUGGAAACUUUGAAGUGGGCAAGGAAUUCGAUGCCCUCCUGAUCAACCCCAAAGCAUCUGACUCUCCCAUUGACUUGUUUUCUGGGGAUUUGGUUGGUGAUACGUCUGAAGCUGUCAUCCAGAAGUUCCUCUACCUAGGUAGAGUGAAGGCUUCUUAUCAGCCCCCUCACCUCGCCCUGCACUGUUUGCCUCGGGUUUCAUGUUAUUUUUUAAUGGAAUACACUUUAACAGGUAAAAACUGAGUUAAUAGUGCUGACAGUCCUCUGUUUAAAAGGUAUUUUCUACAACAGAACACAAAAGCAGGCUAAUCGGCUUAAGUGAAUUUAAUAUCCAAAAGGGAAUGGAACAUGGGAUUAGGACCUGAGAGGUUGUCCUGGUAAUCGUAACCUGAGACCGAGACUCUGCGCCCUUCAUCGGCUCCUUCUCUGAUUUCGCUAUUGAAGGUUCCAGAAUCCAAGAGAAUAUCUUGGACCUAGCUCCCUUCAUGCUGAGAGGAGGUCUUUCUAAGUUACCAUUGUGAGCAUUGAACCCCACUGAACCUCUUUGUCACUCCCCUGAGAAUUCUGCACGGCAAGGGCAGGAAAGGGGUUGGAAACAUUCCCAUUAUGCUUAGCUGAUUUUGAACUGUGCCCUUGAGUAUCCCUGUUGGCAGCUACAGCUGAGAUGUCACAGAGGCGACGUAUUUUGAAUCUUCACUCCCCUCCAGACUCUUCCUAUUUUUAAUCUUUCCACCUCAGAACUAGACAUAUGGAAAGCUUUCAAGGCAAGCUGGAAGGCACGUUGUAUCCAUUCUACCUUGUGCGUACACGGAAGAUAUCCAGAACUGGAUGCUUCUGUAGCCUAGUGGACAUCUUUCCAUUGUCCAUUUUUUAAAGCUCAUACCACUACUGGACACAUUCACAUGUCUAAAAGGAGCAUUCUGAGUUUUUAAAAAGUAGACUAAGAAAUGUGUCACGGCAAUGUCUUGAGAUAAUUUUCAAAUUACGUGGAUUGUUAUAAAUUUUUAAGUUUUCUUUCUUUUUUAAGACUUAGAAGAGAUAUCUGCAACUUCAGAUCUACCUAGCCCCUUUAGGUAUGAUUUUGGACCCUGACCCUUUUUAGUGUCUCUAAAGGAAAAGUGUAGAAAGAAGUGCACAGAUGAACGACACUACUGGAAAGCCCUAACAUUGGACCCCAUGCAUGUUUUCCCGCCCAGCCUCUCCCUUUCCCGCCCACAGCCCCAAAGGUGAGAGGUCGAGAGCUGAGGGGUUAGUCUGUAAAUCUGGUCCAAAUUUACGGAAAUGCAAAACUUGAACAGACCAGUGAUGGAACUCAGUGUAAAUUCCAAGAUGGCUUUCAGCAUCCAGGGGGUGCUUGAGGAACAGAUGUCACGGGGCAUUGACUUACCUGUUUAUUUCCUGUUCAAAAGCCUGUCAGAAAGCAUUCUGUGUCAAAAACCACCUUACAUUGUAUGUUAAACUCCUGAUUGCUGCUCUCAAGGCUAUAUAUGUGUGUAUUCCUGGGGACAUUUUUAUUCAAUAUUUGUAUGAUUUGCUUCCUGUUCAUGUGCUGAGUGAGCUCCUUUGUGCUUCAGACAAAAAUAAAUGAGAUUUUGU